AUGCUUGUACUGACCCGCUGUUUGCUGUGUGUGUUUGUGUGUUCAGGUGCGUUGGCGUUGCAGAUCUCGUGUUUCUCUGAAGCGGAGAGGAUCUACAUGCUGGCGAAAGACACGACUGUCAACAACAAGACGCUCGCUUCCCUCGUCAUCCCAGAGAUCUUGACCAACAGGCUGGGGCCGGACGUCUGUCCUCUGCUGGUGUUUGUCAACCCAAAGAGCGGCGGGCUGAAAGGCAGAGAGCUUCUCUACAGCUUUCGGAAACUUCUGAACCCUCACCAGGUCUUUGACAUUUCCAACGGAGGCCCGCUGGCUGGCCUCCAUACGUUCCGAGAGGUUCCCAGGUUUCGGGUGCUGGUCUGCGGGGGCGACGGGACGGUGGGCUGGGUGCUGGGAGUACUGGAGGCUGUCCGGCACAAACUGGUCUGUCGAGAGCCGCCCAUCGGCAUCGUGCCACUGGGGACAGGUAACGACUUGUCUCGUGUGCUGCGCUGGGGAGCAGGUUACAGCGGCGAGGACCCGCACCACAUCCUGGUCUCUGUGGACGAGGCAGACGAGGUUCUGAUGGACCGAUGGACCAUCCUGCUGGACGCCCAGGAUAUGUCUGAAGACAGCAAGGACAACGGCUUCCUGGAGCCGCCCAAGAUCGUGCAGAUGAACAACUACUUCGGUCUCGGCAUCGACGCGGAGCUCAGCCUCGACUUCCACCAGGCGCGAGAGGACGAUCCCGAUAAAUUCACCAGCAGGUUCCAUAACAAAGGAGUGUAUGUGAAGGUCGGGCUGCAAAAGAUGAGCUACAGUCGGAGUCUCCACAAAGAGCUGCAGCUCCAGGUGGACACUCAGAACGUCCCGUUACCCAACAUAGAGGGGCUGAUCUUCCUCAAUAUACCCAGGUAA